AUGAAAAGUUUGUUUUUAAUCUCAACAGUUCUCCUGGUGCUUCAUGAAGUAGGAGGGUUCAAACCAUUUGAGAUCCCGGAGCAAGGACGAACGGUUCCAGCCUGGACAGAAUAUCUUUACUUUGAAAAUGGUGGGACGGAUACAGUGAGAAGAGAAUACGUCCUACAGGAGUCGGAUCAGAGAACCUACCUUCUCUGUCCUAAAGGAUAUUUUAUCGGAGAGUUGAGUUCGUCCCUGCUCCUAUCCCGGGAGCAAAUUGAAUCCAACCCUGAUCUUAAACACAAGCAAGCAGUAUUCCAUUACACAGCAGUAUCCGGCCUGCAGGGUGGAGUGAAGGAGAUGGAGAAUGAACUGGAACCAGAGGAACACUGCCCUCCGCUAUCUAGGUGUCUGGUUUACCAAGCUUGUGUUUUCAAUUUCGGAAAUGAGUUUUGUCAGAAGGAUCCGAACCCAGGAUCUCGGAAAAAUAUCAACCUGAAUAUAACCUGUGUCCGGGACGAAUUCAAAACCAGGAUUGAAAACUUUUCUCCGGAUCAGGUUGAGGAGAGGAUCAACAGUGUACUAAAUAUAGUUUUUCAAUCCAAACUAGAUUUUGGGAUUGAAGAUUUUGAGAAUACUGUUCUAACAGACAGAGCAGUUCCGGAGAAGUUUGUAUUUGACUCCGGGUGUCCGAUAGAACCGUACUCUGCUGGAUACAGAGGGACCUGUACUCCGGUAGAACAGCUUGAGAACUCGACAGUUGCAGAGAAUACCUGGCAUCUGACCAGUAGAAUCAGGAGUGAGAAAUGUAAAUCAAGAGUAAUAAUGGUCUACUGUGGAUUCCAGUUUGAUAGAAUGGGAAAAUGUGUUCCUCCGUUCCUAGUUAAACCUGGAAAUGUUCCCUGGAACGGGACGGAUGUAUGGUCCGGCUCCGCAUAUCCUGAACCUGGAUCCAGGCCUAGUACUCAGAUUCUUCAACGGUUUAAACUCUUGGAUAAAUACAAACAUAAGAACCUAGUUCCUGUCAGGAUAGGGUUUGCUCUCCUGGUUCACAAGGAUGUACCCGCAAUCCUUCAGCUUCUCCGGGUCAUCUAUAGACCUAACAACUUUUACGUCCUUCAUGUCGAUUAUAGAAAGGAUGAUAUACGGGAAGAAUUGAUCCGGGAACUCUCCUUGAGCCUUCCUGCUCGAAAUAUCAGGGUUCUCCCGAAGCAUAGAUCCUGGACAACAUCCUGGGGAUCUUUUCAUAUAGUUCGUGCACACCUAGAGCAGUUUGAGGAGCUGUUGAGGAUGGGAGUUUGGGAUUUUAUGAUAAAUAUGAGUGGAUCAGAUCUCUCUAUCAGAAGUGUGGAUGAUCUUGGGUUUGCUCUAGCUCCGUACAGGGGACAGAACUUCUUCGCAUUUCAUGGAAACAUCAGAAAUUCAGAUUUAAACAAGGAUCAAGGUUUAUGUAAAGAAGCCUGGUUUGCUUGUGACGGAUUUACCUAUAACGUGACCCGGAGUGCCGGUCAACCUAACAAUCAACAGCUGGAGAUUAAAACUGCUUCACAGUGGGCUACAUUAUCCCAUGAGUUUAUCCAGUAUAUACUCAACACAACCUCUCAUCAUCCUACCUGGAGAACUUAUGAUUUCCAUAUGCAGACUUCAGUUAUUCCUGAUGAGAGUUACUUCAGUACAUUAUCCCUGAAUGGUCCCUUUAGAGACAAAACUCACCAUGUGGGCCUCUACUGGCUCAAAAGGUUUGAAGGGAAGGAUAAAUACAAUCUAUGUAAACAUCUUGGAGAUGCGGACUUCUGCGGACAGGGUCCGUCUGAUAUUGACGAGUCUGAUCUAGGCGAACUAGCUGAGAUGACUCAUAGGUAUUUUUUCGCUCGGAAAUUUCCUACAAGUAACCCACAUAAACUGAAAACCAGAGAAACACUAAUUAAAUACAGUACUGAUGAAUAUUACAAAGUGUUACGAAGAUAUCUGUCACCUCAGGUUUUGUAUCAACUAAUGGAGAACGCAUUUAAGUAUUUAAGCUUAAGAGGAGAUAUCAUGAGCAAAGAAAACAGAGGAUUGAAGUUAAGUUCAGUUCAUGUAUUCCCUAAACUCCAUCCUGCCCAAUCUUGCUGUAGUUUACCCUUUCACAGGCAUUACAAGAGCGUUCAGGAAUAUGCAUAUGUUUUGGACUUUCAGGUUCAUGCUACACCACAACCCUAUGCAGUAAGAACUAAAUACAACGUUAUUCCUCAGGCUAUUUGCUUCCCUAAAGGAGAUCUUAGAGUCAUUAGAGCCACAGGUUGGUCGGAGGAGGGUUCGGAUACAAAGAAACCGGUUUCAGUGAAUACUCCGUUCCCAUUUCAUCCUGCCGGAGCCACAGCAGUAUUUACAGAACUAUGGUUUCAUGCCUCGCCGGAGAGUAUUAGUGGCGAAUGCAAGAAAAGUUCAAAUGAAAUGAAAGGUGAUUUGGCAAUAAUUCAAAAUAUUCGGAAAAACGAGAAAAAUGAAGUUGUGGGAGACACCCUGUACAUGGUUGGUACACUUACAGAUCCACAGGGUGAGGUGAGAUGUAGACGAGAGUUUGAUGUAGUUUGGAGUAGAGAACAUUUACAUCCGGAUGGAGAAGGAAACAGGGUGGAGAGGGCUGUCAUGGUUACAAUGGAUUGUGGGACUAUGGAGGCGGGACAAUGGAAACUUAGUUUUGUUAAGAACGGGAGUUUAACUCCGUAUGUGUACGAAAUAUCUCUCCUAUUUCUACCCCCUGUCGGAGAACUGAGUAACCUUGGAGCUGAACCAUCAAGAGAUACGGUUGAUUUACUCUACAGCAUGUGGAGUCUAGAUGAUAUUUCUCUGCUGCCCCUAGAGAACUUUUACAGCGGUUCUCAGCAAUCCCAUUCAUCUUCUCAUCUUCUCCCAACCCUGUCACGCCAGUCUCAACCUCAUCCGAACCAUCCACAUCUUUCUCUUCCACACAAAGAUUCUUUGGGAAGUGGACUGGUUUCUAUGCUGCUAUGUCAAGGUGGAUUAUUAACUCUUUGUAUUUGUGGUCUAAUAUCUUACAAUUUAAUGAACAGGUCUAGGUACAACAGAACUAUGUACAAUAUCCUGACUGUUCUCCUGUUCUCUUCUCUAGUUCAGAUUAUCCUCUGCUCAAUCUUCUGCUGGGACUAAACAAUAAACCUUAAAAUCUUUUUUACCUUUUUUUAAAUAUUUCAUUUAAAUUAAUUUAUUUUUCUUCUCAUCCAUAUGGAUCCGGACAACUGCUUAUUUCAGAACAAUCUUAAAAACCCUAUUGUAUUUUGUAAUCUUUCUUUUAAGUUUGAUUUUGGAUUUAAUCCUAAGGUUAAUUCCGACACUACACGAUGAUCAAACCAAAGUGUUGUGCAUAACGCCUAAGUUUUAAUUACUAAAUGAACUAAACCACAAACUCAAAUUUAUUAAUCCCUAUAUCUUUGCAACCUGAUGGUGUAAACCUUUGAUAUUAUAGUGAUAAAGUGAUAUCAAAAUCAGAAUUUUUGGAAAGAACUCAAUUUCUUAGCUGUGUUUUUCUGUUCAAAAUAAAAUAUGAUAUGUUUGUGUUGAAUCAUAAUAAAUAAAUAACAAAUUAUUGUCGAAAUAAUUUAUAAAGUGGAAUGUAUGUAGGGAGUAUAUAUUUCGGAUAUCAUUCAAGGGGAAUCUUCAUUAAAAAAAAUUGGGGGAAGAUUAAUAUAAAAAUUUCUUUUUUACUUUUUAGAAAAAGUGGAAUUACACCGCAGCGCCACUUAUUAUAAACUAUUUCUUAAUCUCUUUAUCCUUGCAACCUCUUGGUAAGAACAUUUAACAUUCAAAACUUUGGCAGAAUUCAAAGCUUGUGCUAGUAAUC